AGCGUCUGAAACGCUCCCUCUCCUUUAAGACCCUGAUGCGCAGUAAGAGUGUGGAGAACUUCUUCCAGAGGUCCUACAGUGACGCCCGUCUCCCCCCGGACUUCAUCACCGACCCGCCACCCCCCUCCCCGCCCCCUGGCUCUCCCCUCGCCAGUGAACGCUCACCCUCCCUCUCUCCGUCACUCAGCCCCAACCCCUCCCUCUGCUCCCACUCCCCGUCUCUAAGCUCCUCCCCCUCGCUGUCUUCCAAGGCCCCGCCCCCGCCCCACCUGACGCAGGUGACCCACUGCUUCCAGGAGCACAUGUUCCGCAAGCCCACCCACUGCCAGCUCUGCAAGCACCUGAUCGUGGGUAACUCUAAACAGGGUCUUCGGUGUAAAACCUGUAAGAUGGGUGCUCACCUGUGGUGCACCUCAGAAUUGUCCCAGCAGCCCUGCAAUGGAAAGUCUGGGGUCGGGGCCUUCAAGCGAAACUUCAGCUCUCCCAUGCUGGUCAACGAACAACUGGCUGUCGUCAAGGAGGUGCAGCCCACCCAAGGGGCAGGCCGGGGGCGUGGGGUGGACCCUAUUUACGCAGCCCUGCGCUAUGGGACAUCCCUGGCACAGAUGAGCCGCUCCAGUUUUGGGAGCGUGUCCGAGUCGCCCACGCACAGCCAGGGUGACGGAGGGGAAGGAGGAGAGGAGGGGGAGCAGAGGCAGUAUAGCAUGGAGGAGGAGAUGCCACAGGAGACAGGGGACCUGCCUCAGUGUGAAAACGAGAAGGCUGAACCAGAGGGUGGGGACAGCGAGCAGUUCCAGGAGCCUGUAGAGGAAACCAGCGUGAAGGUUCCCAAGCGUAUUGAGGUUCACUCGAUCCACACGUAUGUAGCGCUCUACAAGUUCCUGCCUCAGGAGCACCACGACCUCGGACUAGAGCCUGGUGAUCGGGUGCUGGUCACUGAUGAUUCUAAUGAAGAGUGGUGGAAGGGAAAGUGUGGAGACAAGGUGGGCUUCUUCCCUGCUAACUUCGUCCAGAGGGUGCGCCCAGGGGAGAGGGUGUGGAGGGUCACCCAGCCUGUCCCUGCCAGCCGAGGGAUGGGCCACAUGCCAGUGAAGGAGGAUCAGAUCUGUGUGGGGAAGAGUGAGGACAGUGAGGGUUUCCUGAAGCUGAGCAGUGGGAAGAAGAGAGGACUGGUCCCUGCUAAAUCCAUUGAGGAGAUCUAACCUCUGUCUCAACACCAGCCCCCGUCUCUCUCUCUCUCUCUUACCAGCACCCUGUAACCUCCCCACACACCCCUUUAAGGCCUGAGGAGGACCAGCCAGUCCGGGGGUCCGCCAACACCACCAUCGUGAGGCCCACCACCCUACUAAACUGAGUGGGGAGCAGGGACAGUUCAGCUUGUGAAUUCCAGGUGAUAUGGAGGAUGCCCCAGCCUUAUCCUUGCUGGCCUUGUCUCCUCCACCCCAAUGUAGCUGACAACCCGGACUUGAAAGGGUUGGCUUCCCUUCCACAGUGGGUUGGCCUAGGUGUUGUGGAGGAUUAUCUAAGCCCCCAAUGCCCCAUGUUUUCCUGCUGUAAUGUACCUUAGUCUAUUAGUGAACUGGGUUUGUCUUUAGUCCACACCAUUUUAGGACUGAAGGACUGGCUGCUGUGGACUCCAGUAACUUCCCUCAGGAAGGAAGGAACUUUGAGACUAUUUUCUGUCUGGUGAGUCUGGUCUCUCUGUGUGUGAUUUGACCAGUUCUUUUUCACUGUCCUCUAUGGCUGGAUAUCAAGAGGCUGAAGAAUGCAGGAUUAAGGCCGUCGCACACUAUACAGUCGAAACGUGGCGCGCCGUUUCGCGCAUAUAUAAUGACUAAAAUGUGUGCCGUUUUUUGUUCAUUUUGGUGUUCGGCAGGUUUUUUUUUGUCUGUUCGCUCACACAAUUUUUUUAUUGGGGCAAGUUGAAGUUCGGUAGCCGACGUCUACGCCCUUUCGUCUGUCAUUGGUCAACUGUAGUGUUUUCAAAUGAAGGUCUUUAAGGGAGUAUGGGAGCCGUGCCCGCACACCUAGCCGAGUUCUGCUAGGAGCAAACAGAACCUAGUAUUAGAGUACGUUACCUUCGUCAGGAGGAUGUAUUUGUGUUGUGUGUGGGGGUAAUGUUCCUGGACACUGCAUGGAAGAAAACAUUUGUUCUUUCUCUGAUGAACUAGAACAAGUGUGACACUCCUGGUGGCAGCAUCACAGAUGGACGCCUACUAUGAUCACAGUAAUUCAUUUAAGAGGUGACCGUGAAGGAGAUAAUUGCAUGCUGAAGGAUGUACUUGUUUCAAUGUCGGUGUCAGUGAGAUGUUCAAGAUACUGGUAAUGGUUGUAAGUGUUUGCAUUUACUCUCACCCUUUCCUUUGGUCCACACUCUCUCACUCUCUCUCUCUCUCUCUCUCUCUCUCUCUCUCUCUCUCUCUCUCUCUCUCUCUCUUCCAUCUUUCUCAGCUAUCACAUUGGUCCCUUGGCUGGGAUUUAACUUCAGCUUAAUUUACACUGGCACAGAACUGCUCUGCAAGGACGGAUGGACGGGCAGGUGGGUGGGUGACACUGGGCAGAGUACACCCUGGUCAGACCAGACAGCCAGCAGAGGACAGGACAAACUAGGUCUAUUUCGACACACACUCUCUCAGAUCCUGACUCACUGGCUGACUCACUGACAUUUGACCUCGCACUUGGCAGGUUCGAAAAGGUCAUGGAUGUACGCCACGUCAUUCUAUUGUGCAGGUCAAUCACACACUUCAGAAAAUGUGUUUUUCUAUGUCCUAUUUAUGAAAAAUACAAGAGAUUAAAUUAGAUUGGGGCGGUGAAUACUUUCAUAAAUACUUCAAUGUC